UCUCUCCAUUUUCUCUUUCCCGCCCUUAGAAAAAUUGACCUUGCGCCACCUUUCAAAUUCGCCUUCAUUUUCCCACUAUUUUUUCUCUGGAAAAAAGCGUGGCUAGAAAACAUCGGAGAGAAAGAACCGUUCCUUCAGUCCAGUUCAAUUCAACUACCCACGUACACGAUGGUGGACGGCGGAGAAUUCGCCGGCACCAUUUGCUCGAUCUGUUACGAGCCUCUCAACCCCAUUACCGAGGACCUCCAAUCGGUUUCCAUCUGCGGCCACGUCUUUCACGAGCUUUGUCUGCAGCAAUGGUUCGAGUACUCUUCGAAAGGGAAGAAACACACUUGCCCCAUUUGCAAACAGAGUUGCGGGGCCAGUGACGCGUGCAGGCUUUAUUUUCAGUCAGUGGGGGACGCGAGCGAUGGCGGGAAGCUUCUGAAGAGCUUUGAAUCUGAGGAAAAUGUCGGGCUUCUGCGUACGGAAGUGAAGAGAUUGGAGGUGAAAGUUUCGGGGCUUAAUUCUGAGCUAGAACGGCAAACAAAGGAAUUAGAAGGAGUUAAGCAGGAGCUUUGUAUUUGCAAGGAGCAGGCAAAGAUAGAUACAGCAUUAAAAAGUGAGGCACUAAAUCAAAAAGCGUCCAUACAAUUCCAGUUUCAUAAGAAAUCAGAGGAACUUGAGAAGUCAACUUUGGAGUCUUUUAGAUUAAAAGAAAAGAAUAUGGCUUUGGCUAAAGAACUUGCAGCAUUAAAAUUAGUGUCUGAUCUGGACCUUGAUGAAGAGGAGGUUUUGAAGCUUGCCACUUUCGGUAAUGGGGCCAACAGUAAAGACACUAUAGAUACAUUGAAAAGAUCUCUGGUCAUGCGGAACAGGAGUUACAAAGAAUUGAUGGCCAAGUGCAAUGUUCUUGGAAGAGGUGAGGCUCGUUAUAGCAAAAAGCUUGAGAAGGCCAAAGAAAAGAUCAGUAAACUGAAGGCAAGGAUACUAGAACUGGAGACGUUAGCUGAAGCAAAAGAGAAUGAAUAUUUGAUGUCUCUGAAACUUUCAAAGAGAACGAAAAUUUCAAAGAAUCUUGAGAAUAAUUACACUGAUUCUGAUGCAUGUGCUUCCAAAUUUUCAGUAGAAAAACCAAGCAAACAAAUUUCAACACCCAAAUCUGGAAUAAACCUGCCUGCAAACGACAACUCUAAAUCUUUUCAAUCUUUGAAGAUCGAGAACUCCAAUGGUACUACAAAUAAGACUGUGAAUAUUAGUAAUGUGACUCCUGAUAAAGAGAGGGACUAUAUUACAAUUGAUGAAUAUGACUUAGAAGGCACUAAACCUUUGCAAGGAUGUUCAAAAUACAGCUACAAAGACCGAGACAUGGAUGGUAUGUCUUUUAGCAAGCCUUCUCUAACGAAGCCGGAGACCACGUCUGCCACAAAGACCGAAACAUUAUUGCUACGAAAAUGUACUUUGGUUGAGUCUCCCAGAGUUGAUAUUGACAUUGACAUGACUAACAAUUCAGCUGGUCCUGUGGAUGAAGAAGUAACUUUGCAAACAACCAUUAAACAACCUGUGUUGAACAUUAGAAAGGAGUCACCAUUUACACUUUCAAAUUCAGAUAAUAUCUGCUUUUCUGGUGGAUUGCUUGGUCCUGAUGGAACUCAUCGGUUUUUGGGAAAAUGGUGCAAGCGUGGACAGAACAGUGAAUCAUCAUCUGCAAAAAGAUCAAGUAAUGGGGAUUUAAUAGCUGUAGGGGCUGAUGGUAGAGGUGGCAGAAUAAAAGUUCUAAGGACUCCUACCCAAAUCCUCUUGGGUAGUAAGGAAAACUCAGCAAGUUCAAAACGGUUAAAGCUUGGAGCUAAACCAAGUAGUUUGCAUUCCCAGGGAUGUCUGCAGAUAGAACACUUUUUUGGAAGAGUCACUCAGUAAUAUAUUGAUCUGUUCUUGUUGCAAAUAGUAAAGUAAUUCAUCCUUUGUUACAGAAGGGAAGGAUGGAAGAUUCAAGAAAUUAAUUUUGGGGAGAGUUUUCAUCACUUUGAAUAAUGAGCUUUGGAAAUUUUGGCUAAGGGUGUACAAAAAUCUAGCAAUUGAUUCCCUGGCUUCAGUAUCUAUUCAAAUGGUAAAAUUGUUCUUUUA